AUGAGUUUUGCUUCACCUCCAGUAGUUGCGCUGUAUCGUAGCUGGGCGCGUCAGUCAGUCUGCAGGAAGUAUGGACUACUUCGCUCAAUGAGCCAUAGCUCGGAGACACAUGCCAAAGAGGUGUUGCACGAGAACAGCACAAGGCGAGCUCCACUAGAUGUGACCUUCGAGUCCCUUGGAGUGGGGACACCAAUUGCAGCGGCCCUCCGUGCUGCAUUCCCCAAUGUCCAGCAACCCACGACAAUGCAGCGUAAGAUGAUACCUGCUGUAUUGGGCAGGCAAGAUAUUCUCUUGCAGGACUUCACAGGUACUGGAAAGUCAUUUGGAUUGCUACUUGGACUCCUGAGUAAACCAAGGAUCUCCAGAUACGAUACGAAAAAUGGAAAGCCUCAAGCAAUAAAAGGGAUUACAACUCUUUUGAUCGUUCCACACCGUGACCUUGCAUACCAAUUUUUGCACUGGCUACACCACAUGCUGACGUCUGCGGGUGAACCUGGUCCAUAUUCGCUCGCUUCGAUUGCACAGGUAUUAGUCCGCGGCUCACCACCCGAAAACCUCAAAAGUUCAUCUCCUCGGAUUCUGGAGGCGAUUGUGAACCCAUGGUCAUCUGGAAUAUCCGUGCUCCGAGAUCAUCCUCCGCAUAUACUUAUUGCCACACCAACUGCGCUUAUGGACGUGCUUCGCAAGGAGCCGGAAGUGCUCCAGUUAUCCACGUUAUCGACUGUCGUCGUCGAUGAGGUGGACUGGCUUCUGAAAAUGGUGCCCAAGAAAAGCAAGUAUGUCACAGAAAAAGCGGCGCGGCGGAGGCAGAUGCAUCCUGAAGUUCUGAAAACUGUGCUCGACGUCCUUUAUACGAGCACGAAAACGAACGAGUCGCACUUUCUGCGGAAGCGUCUUUUGGGGAUGAAGUUAGCCCCGAUUCAUCGGCCGCAACUAAUCAUGCUCAGUGCAACAAUGCGAAAUAGGUUGAGGACGGCUUUCUUUGGCGCUUAUGGGUGGUUUAGAAGGGGAAAAGUACUGAAACUCAUCAAAGCUUCGUCCGGCUCACGUCCGGCUCACGGUCUUAACCGCACGGUCACACACCAUGUUCUUGUCAUGUCACAGGAUGGCUCUGUGAAAAAUAUAGCUGGCGCUCGCAAAGCUCGAGUCCCCACCCUCUCCGGGCAUGCGAGUUCUUCUGAGGAACAGGACGAAGAAGAAGAGUUAAUUUUUGAUGAAGAUGAUGAAGUACUGCUCGAUGACGAGACUGACAUGGACAUGCUAGAAGCUCCUCCUGUUUUUACUCCAGGGAUGCUUGAAGCCGUCGCAUCCACAUUCGCUCUGGACGUACCGAAUAUCGCGCUUCUUGUCUUACCUGCAACUACAUCCGUCCGACGAGUUAUUUUUGAACUGAAUCAACUGGGGGUGAAUGCCCACAGUCUCAAUCUCGUGGAUAAUGAAGCCGGUCGGGCACACCUUCUGUCUAAGGACAGGAAUAUUCCCGAUGAGAAUCCCACAUUACUUGUAUCGACGCUUGCGACGACCCGAGGGAUCGAUUUUCCUGCGCUAACCCACGUUUUCCUCCUUGGACUUCCGGAAGGAGGCGCGGGAGACGUUUACCAGCAUGUUGCAGGGAGAGUUGGCAGAUUUGGCCGCCAAGGGAAAGUCAUCACUAUCGUGGAGGGACGACGGGAGAGCGAAGGGAAGAAUGGUAAAGUUUGUGUCAGGGAUGAUUCGAAGAAGAUGGAUAUUAUGCUGAAGAAGCUUGGUAUUGGUGCAACCAGGCUAGAGCACUUUGACUGAAAUGUCCCAUCGUGACCGUGCCCGUCGGUAGAUUAGAUAUUCCUAAGGAAACAACCGUGGUAUUCGGGGAGUAUGGUAAACAUGAGUUUUGAUGUGGCGCCAGUGUGUGGGUGUUGUGACGGGAUUAUUAACGGCGUUGGUUGCUGUCUUGCACGCGAAUCAAACCAAUCAUAGGUCCAAAUAGGAC